AUGGCGAAGAAGACUAAGAAGGAUAAAGAAGCCAAAAAGGCACGUGCUGAGCUGAAGAAUCAGAAAAACCAGAAAAAACAAGAGAAAAAGUUCCACAAGAACAAGAAUAAGUCCCUAGACGGCGACGAUGAUGAUGAAAGUGACCAAGAUCUUGAUGAAAUUCUUUCCAGCUUCAGCAAGAAGCAAAUUGAAUUGGAGCACGUAGAUAUCACUUCUGUGGAAAAACCCUCUUGCCGUACCCAUCCGUUAAUGUUUGCAAAUCCGCAACACAAUAAACACGAAUUGUUCAUUUUCGGAGGUGAGUUUACAGAUCCAGAAACCAAACUGACACAUUUUUAUAAUGAUUUAUAUUCAUACUCCAUCAAGAACAAUUCCUGGAAAAAAUACGUUUCUCAAAAUGCACCUUUGCCCAGAUCCAGUGCAGCUGUUGCUGUACAUCCUUCCGGAAUAGCAUUGUUGCAUGGUGGUGAAUUCUCCUCCCCAAAGCAAUCUAAAUUUUAUCACUACUCUGAUACGUGGCUGUUCGACUGUGCUGAAAGAAAAUUCACUAAAUUGGAAUUUGGUGGUAGAGAUUCCUCACCCAGUGCCAGAUCAGGUCAUAGAAUUAUUGCUUGGAAAAACUAUUUUAUAUUAUUUGGUGGGUUUAGAGAUUUGGGGAAUGGCCAGACUUCUUACUUGAAUGAUUUGUGGUGUUUUGAUAUUUCAAACUACAAAUGGAGCAAAUUAGAGACCAACAGUAAGCCUGACGCUAGAUCUGGCCAUUGUUUCAUCCCCACAGAUAAUUCAGCCAUAUUAAUGGGUGGUUACUGUAAAAUCAUUGCCAAAAAUAAUAAAAAUUUGAUGAAGGGGAAAAUCUUGAAUGACGCAUGGAAACUGAAUUUAACGCCUGAUCCAAAGAAGUGGCAAUGGGAAAAAUUAAGGAAUUUCAAAAACCAGCCCUCACCAAGGGUUGGCUAUUCGUUCAACCUAUGGAAGCAAAAUAAGUCCGUCGCUUUUGGUGGUGUCUACGAUUUACAAGAAACUGAGGAAUCCUUAGAAUCUGUUUUCUAUAACGACUUAUAUAUGUUCCACCUAGAGUUGAACAAAUGGUCUAAACUAAGAAUCAAGCCUCAGCGUCAAACGAAUAAUAGGAACUCACCCGCCACAAGCAAAAGAAAAUCUAAUAAAGAUCAAGAAAAGGAGUUGCAAGAUUUAUUAAAUUCCAUUCUGGCCAAGUCUAAUCUAAAUGAUGAUGACGAUAACAAUGAUGACAACACCGCAAUAGGUCCUAACUCUAUCGACGACGAUGAAGAUGACGAAGAUGACAGCGAUUUGGAGAACCAAGAUGAUAUUACAAUAUCAAAUCAAUUACCGCAUCCAAGGUUUAACGCAGCAACUUGUGUGGUUGGUGACUCGUUGUUUAUUUACAGUGGUGUCUGGGAACUCGGUGAGAAGGAUUAUCCUAUAAACUCUUUUUAUAGUAUAGAUUUGAACAAAUUAGAUGGUGUCAAGGUUUACUGGGAAGAUCUGUCUGCCAUUGAAGAAGCAAAAAGACUAGGUGAUAGAGAUUCCGAUGAAGAUGAGUUUGAAUACGAGGAUGAAGAGGAUGACGAGGACGACGAUGAAGAGGAGCAAGAUGCAGCACUCCUUGAAGGUGACGACGAUGAGGAAAGCGAGGGCGAAGACGACAAACAAGCGCAAAUGGAGAUUCCAGACGAAAGGUCUUGGUUACCACAUCCGAAACCAUUCGAAACUUUAAGAGCAUUUUACUUAAGGGAAGGUGCAAACUUCUUAACUUGGUCUAUUUCUAACAACAGAAACCUGAAGGGUAAACAGUUAAAGACAAAGUCCUUCGAAUUAUGUGAAGAUCGUUGGUGGGAAAGAAGAGACCAGGUGACCCUUGAGGAAGAGCGUCUAGAGGAUACAGGUGGAAUCAUUGAAAGAGAUACGACUACUAAACCUUCCAAAAGAAGGUAA